UAAUAAUAAUAUAAUGAAUAUUAAAUUAAAUGUCCCAAUCAAAAUAUGUUAACGAUAUCACGUAAAAUGAAACGUAUUCUUUUAUUAUUUAUUUGUUGUUCCUUAAUUUUGUGUUUUUAUAUAAGCUGGGCACAAAUUGACCAAACUAAAGUCGACGAUGUUGAAGCGAAUGAAGUUGUAAAAAAUGUUCAUAAUAAAAAGAUAAUUAUCGAUAAAGUACUGACUGAAACACUUAAUAAACAGAAAUCAUUUGGGGAUGAUAAUAUUCAUGAUUUAAAUGAAGCAAAAAGUAAAAUUAAAAUGCUGGAAACAAAAUUAAAACAACUGGAAGCUCGAGUUUCAAAAAAAUUUCCAGAUGUACAUUUCUUAAAUUAUCGAGCUAGAAAACGAAUACUGAUAACUGGUGGAGCUGGAUUUGUUGGAUCUCAUUUAGUUGAUAGGUUAAUGAUGGCUGGGCAUGAAGUUAUUGUUGUUGAUAACUUUUUUACUGGACGUAAACGUAAUGUUGAACAUUGGAUUGGCCAUGAAAAUUUUGAAUUAAUACAUCACGAUAUUGUAAAUCCAUUAUUUAUUGAAGUUGAUGAAAUUUAUCAUUUAGCCAGUCCAGCAAGUCCACCACAUUAUAUGCAUAAUCCCGUAAAAACAAUCAAAACGAAUACUAUGGGUACAAUUAAUAUUUUAGGUUUAGCAAAACGAGUCCGAGCACGAGUUUUAAUUGCAAGUACAUCCGAAGUAUAUGGUGAUCCCACUAUACAUCCACAGCCUGAAACUUAUUGGGGUCAUGUAAAUCCAAUAGGACCUAGAGCAUGCUAUGAUGAAGGUAAACGUGUUUCAGAAACAUUAAGUUAUGCAUAUGCAAAACAAGAAAAUGUAGAUGUGCGUGUUGCAAGGAUAUUCAAUACUUAUGGACCAAGAAUGCAUAUGAAUGAUGGCCGUGUGGUAUCGAAUUUCAUUUUACAAGCAUUACAAAACGAUGCAAUUACUAUUUAUGGUAGUGGGAGUCAAACAAGAUCAUUCCAAUAUGUAACCGAUUUAAUUGAAGGAUUAAUGUUAUUAAUGGAAUCAAACUAUACACUACCUGUUAAUUUGGGUAAUCCUGUUGAACAUUCAAUAGAAGAGUUUGCCUCAAUUAUUAAAGACCUAGUAGGUGGUACUAGUAUUAUACGUUCUGUGGCAGCUGUAGAAGAUGAUCCUCAAAGACGGAAACCUGAUAUUACACGUGCCAAAGUUUAUUUAAAUUGGGAGCCUAAGGUUUCCUUACAUGAUGGUCUUCAGAAAACGGUUGCAUAUUUUCGGAAUGAAUUAGAACGUACAAGUCAUUCACAACGUAAUGUCUUUGUUCCUGAAGAGUUAUAAAUUAUUUGGAUUCAGACUUCGAGAAUAAUUUUUUUUAAAAUUUGUAUUUAAAAAAGAUAAAAACAACUAAUGUAGCUGGUAAUUGAUGAUCUAAUGGCCUUUGAAUUUCAAAACAUUUUAGACAAAGAAUCUACACUUCUGUCCAAAAUAUUAAAAUUUGAUUAAUAUUUCUAAUCUACCAAUCAAAUCUUAUUUCAAUAAAUGAAAAGUUAUACUUUAUUGCGAAGUAAAAGAAAAAAUUAUUCUCAAUGAAUAAAGAAUCUAGAAUACAGUCAAGUUGCUAAUAAGAUAAUAAAAAAAAAAAAUUAGUAGAAGUGUAUGAAACUAUCUCAGAGCCGCAUGAAUAAUUGCCUCGAUUCUCAUAGUCGUAAAUUUUUUUUUCUUAGAAAUAAAAUAAAUACACUAGAAAUGAAUAUAUUUGAAAUUUUUUUAGUUCAUUUCAACACUUGAAAUAAAUUGAUACAUUUCUAAGGCUUUGAUACUGGAGGAUUAUCGAUACUUCGUAAAAAGUUUGAAAUGGUGUGUUAGUCUUCCCAACUAGAGUAUAUGUUAUGAUUUGACCAUUAAGAAGAGAAUUAAUUAACUUGAUUUAGUCCAAGUUAAUUAAAGUAAAUAUUUAAAGGUGGUAAACAUUCGGAAAAAACAUUUUUUGUGUAAUUAUUGGCAACUUGAUUUUAAUUCGUUUAUAAUUUAUAGACAAUAAUAGAUUAAAAGUAUCUCAUUCAAACUUUAACUUAAAGUACUAUCAGUGAAAAACAUGCAAGUUGAAGAGCUACAGAUGAGGCUGAUUGUUGUACAGACGUGUGUACAAUAACUAUUUUACUGAGUAUCUUCAUCUUUAGUCAUGAUACAUACGAUUUAUUAUUAUGGAGAAUUUAUUUCAAUUUUUAAUAGCCCCUCAAGCAAUUAUUCAAAGUAAUAACAUCUAGCCAAGACACAGUAAAUAAUCAUCCUACUUCUGUUUGUACUCCCCGAAGAUGCUACUAUCUGGUUAUUAUUUGACCGUACUGCUCACAUUUAAAAGGCCCGUACAAAUGAUUAGAUUCUGGAUUACACUGAUUCUUCACCAAGAAAUUCUAAUGUGUGCAAAAUGGUGCUUCGCUGAAAUAUCGAGAAAACAUUUUUAGUAUCAAAAACACGUCUCUAGUUAAAAAAGGUUUGGUAAUAAUGGAAAAAUUUAUUGUACACAUUUUGACGCAACAAUAUUUUCUCUAAACUGUUGUAGAUUAUGCCUAAUUUUGAUUAUAAACAGUACAUAACCAAUUUUUUUAAAGAUAUUUGUAAACAAGUAAUUAUGGAAAAGGACUUUGUUGAUUUUGUAAAUAGGAAUUCAGAUUUUUGUUGUAGAAAUAAUAUAA